UUCGUGCCAGGUGUCGCGCUUUUGGUUCGUUGGCCAGGGUUUCUAAAGAGUAGUGUCGCGGUGCCCCACUCUCUUCGCUCGAUCGAUCUGCAGUAGGGUAGAUCCUAGAUCGCGACAGAUGGCCGCGUCUCCUGCUUCUCAGAUCUCGCAGCUUUCGACGGGAUUGCCGCGGCAGAGCUUCCUGUUUGGGGAUAGACCGCAGUGCUUGAAUCUGAGGAGAAGUAGCUCGAGCUCCAAUUGUCUCUCAUCGUCAAAAUCAGGAUCUGCUAGAGCGGUGGAUUCCGUGAGAGAUCCCAGCUCCAAUCUAGUGGUGUGUUUUGGAGAGAUGCUUAUAGACUUCGUUCCAACAGUAGGGGAAGUUUCUUUGGCUGAUGCUCCAGCGUUUAAGAAAGCUCCUGGAGGAGCUCCAGCCAAUGUUGCUGUUGGUAUCUCUCGGCUGGAUGGAAACUCUGCUUUCAUCGGUAAGGUUGGAGAGGAUGAAUUUGGUUUCAUGCUCGUGGACAUUCUCAAAGAGAACAAGGUGGAAAGCAAAGGCAUGCGUUUUGAUCCCGGUGCUCGCACGGCUCUCGCGUUUGUGACUCUCCGCAAGGAUGGCGAGCGCGAGUUUAUGUUUUACCGCAAUCCUAGCGCGGAUAUGUUACUUAAGCCUGAGGAGCUUGACGCUGACCUUAUCAAGCAGGCGUCCAUUUUUCACUACGGCUCUAUCAGUCUCAUCGCGGAGCCUUGCAGAUCCGCUCACUUGGCCGCGAUGAAAAUCGCCAGAGAAGCUGGAGCGGUCCUCUCGUAUGACCCCAACUUAAGACUUCCGUUGUGGAGUUCGGCAGAGGCUGCUCGCACAGGCAUCAAAAGCAUUUGGAACGAAGCCGAUAUCAUCAAGAUAAGUGAGGAGGAGAUCACAUUUCUAACUGAAGGAGGUGACCCUUACAGCGAUGAAGCAGCUCAAGCUCUCAUGCAUCCAAACUUGAAGCUCUUGCUAGUGACCGAAGGCGAAGGCGGCUGCCGCUAUUACACAAAGGAGUUUCUUGGUCGUGUGGACGGUAUCAAAGUCGACGCCGUCGACACAACAGGCGCAGGUGAUGCGUUCGUCGCUGGAGCCUUAACUCAGCUCGUAAAAGAGCCAUCCUUGUACAAGGACGAACCGAGGCUGAGAGAAGCUCUCCUCUUUGCAAAUGCUUGCGGUGCGAUCGCAACUACGGAGAGGGGAGCAAUCCCCGCCCUGCCGUCGAAAUCCGCAGUGUUUCAACUUCUAGGAAAGUCGUCUGCCAAAGUCUUGCAGCCAUGAAAGUUUUAAGAACACAUUUUUUCCUCUUUUUUUCCUGCUUUGGAACUUUUACAUUUAAGAUAUUUAAUCGCGAACUCUACAGUGGCGAGA